GUGACUGACCCAGGGUUAGUGGUGUUUGUCCCGCAGCCCCAUCCAGCCCCGCCCCCUCCCAUGUGCACGGAGGAAGGAAAACAGAGAGCCGGAGUCUCAGGAGUAAAUCAGACGUUGCACACUGACUCUCCCUAUAAACAUUCUUGACAUGACAACCCAAUUGUCGCUCAUUCAUUGUUUGAUCUCUGAACCCCUUCUUGUUACCCAGCAGAAUGGCAUCCUUUGGGUGGAAGAGGAAGAUUGGCGAGAAGGUAUCUAAGGCGGUCUCUCAGCAUUUUGAGGAAGAGGCUGCGGAUGAGAGUGUUGUGCUAGACAGUCAUGAGGUGGAUUGGCUCCAUGCAAUCAAACGCAAGAAAGGCAUUCUCCUUGAGGAUAAUACGGCUAGAAGCAAGCGACUAAAAGAAGAAGGAAGUCUCCUUGCAGAAGAUGGAAGACACAAGGAAGCUCUGACAAAAUGGGAUGAAGCAAUCCAGUUGACCCCAGAGGACGCUGCUCUGUAUGAAAUGAAGGCCCAGGUGCUUAUGGGUGUCCAUGAAAUAUUCCCAGCAGUGCAAGCAGCUGAAACAGCAGUUCAGCGGAAUCCACGCUUCGUAGAAGCCUGGCAGACCUUGGGACGAGCCCAGCUGGGGCUAGGAGAAAUAACAAUGGCCAUCCGAAGCUUUCAGAUUGGACUUCACAUCUGUCCUGCCAACACCGAGCUAUGGGAACAGGAUCUGAACUGGGCCCGCCAGCUGCUGCAACAGAAACCAGACACAGAAUCGGCAGAGGCGGCAGAGAGAAAGAGGGGGGACAUCACCCGGGAACUGAUCCCUGAUUAUGACUUUGAGAGCGACGAGGUGGUGGCCGCCUGUGAUGCCAUAUCGCAGAGACACAAAAUGGCAGCGGCUAAUAAAGCCAUUGUUGUGUCUGCGUCAGGAUCAGGGGACCCUGCGGUUAGAAAGGAAGAGAACAUGGAAACCAAUGAUUCCAAAGAAUUUAUAAAGGCCCGAUAAUCUCAGGGACACAUAAACCCUUCUGUGUGUGUGUAGGGUUGCCACCUUUACUGGGAAAACAUGCCGGCCUUCCUAUAUUUUUAUCUUUCUUCCCUAUUAAAAACACUGGCAGGCUGGUACUGUACUGGCCCAGGGGCAACCCUAUGUGUGUGUGUUGUGGGAUUUUGCUUUGAGAGAUAUAACUGCAAUGGAAGUGCUUCUGUAUCAUGGGUUUCCUGGUUGCAAGGAACCCUAAAUAGGCCCCUAUGGCUGACAUUUGUUCUGUGGUAAAUCUGCACAAUCGCAGAAGGCAAAUCUUACAAAAAUGCUUUUCCCUUGGAAGUAACUCAUAGCAACCAAUGAGCGAUUGGCUGCCUUCAGCCAGCUGCAGGUAGAACAAUAAAUGCAACAAUUUGGUUGCCAUGGGUUACUGCCCAUGGGCAAGUUUGCACAGUGUUGAUGAAUGACCCCCAUUGUGUUUUACUUGUGGAAAUCCAAAGGUAAGUUAAGGGGAAGGCAUUUUUGGGAGAUUUGUUGCCCGCUGUAGUGCAAAUUUACCACGGAUGACAAUUUUUCUGCCCUGCACCUCCAAACAGCCUCUUUGGGGUCAAAAGGAUCUCCUGUAGCUGUUCCAGUAGAAAUUAGACUAUGAAGUAUCAGGGGCAACGUUUGUCCUGAUUUAGUAUCCCAUAGCAACCAGAGAUUUCCUUUCAGUAUUUGCAAUGCAGUAGCCAACUAAAUAACUAGUUGCUAUGGGUAUCAUUAGGGUUUAUUUUGGUCAAAGACUGCUUUGUACAGUGUGAGGGCCAACUCAUCUCACUCAGCUUAGGGGCGGCACUUUGUGAUCCCUAAAGUUGCUGUUUGGGGGAACCCAGGGGCUGUACAGAACAACUCCGAGCAGACUGCUAGAUCUGUAUCUGUGACGGCACACAGUAUAUGAGAGUAUUCACUGAAAUGCUUUGAAUGCAAAAUGCAUAAAGAUAGUAAUGAAACUGUGUAAUGCAGCUUAGAAAAUGCCAUUUUAUAAACAUUAAAAAAAAAAUUUAAAUGUG